AUGUCACCUUUUGAAGCAUUGUAUGGUCGAAGAUGUAGAACUCCUUUAUGUUGGCAUGAAUCUGGAGAAAGUGUAGUACUUGGGCCUGAAUUUGUUUGUAAGACUACUGAGAAGGUGAAGUUGAUUCGAGAAAAGAUGAAAGCUUCCCAAAGUAGACAGAAGAGUUAUCAUGACAAGCGAAGGAAAGACUUAGAAUUUCAAGCGGGUGACCAUGUAUUUUUGAGAGUUACACAUGUGACUGGUGUUGGGCGAGCAUUGAAGUCUAAGAAGCUCACUUCUCGUUUUAUUGGACCAUAUCAGAUUUCAGAGAGAGUUGGGAACGUUUCUUAUAGAGUGGCUUUACCGCCUAAUCUUUCGAAUUUGCAUGAUGUGUUUCAUGUGUCACGACUCCGGAAGUAUAUUUCAGAUCCAUCUCAUGUGAUUCAUAUGGAUGAUGUGUGA